UCUUCCUUGCUGGUUAUCUGUGCACGCAGCGCACGCAGUACUGCUGCACCAAUACCACCGACGGAGCAGAGGCGUCGGUGGUCUUGGAAAGGGCGCAUGAACCUUCUCGAGGUCGCGCGUGCCGCCGGGUUUUCCUUUGCUGCCGACGCUGCCGUUCCUUGCCCUGUUUUGUGCGAAUAGCUGCGGAUAGAUGCGUGGUUGAGCGCCGGAGCUGGGAAAGGAGGGGGCUUGACGAGGCAGAGGUGAGGAGGGGCGGAUGGAAAGAGAGAUUGGUUGGAAAAAGGCCAGGGUUUUGAUGGAGGCGACGCGAAGAACGGAGUGGGUGUGGGCUUCUGGUGGUAAUGGUGAGAGGAACAACGGAGGCGAGGGGAGUGGAGGAGGAGUAGGUGUGGCAGUGGAAAAGGUUCUCUUCGUGAAGGUGAUGACAGACGAGCAGAUGGAGAUCCUCCGUAGUCAGAUCGCCGUCUACGCCACCAUAUCCGAGCAGCUCAUCGAGAUGCACAAGAUCAUCACCGCCUACCAAGACUCCCUCUCAGGAAUGAAGCUGAGUGGAAUCUACGUUGAUCCCCUAAUGGCAUCCGGUGGUCACAAACUCACUGCUAGGCAGCGAUGGACUCCAACAAGUGUGCAGCUACAAAUGCUUGAGACCAUCUUUAAUCAAGGCAAUGGAGCUCCAAGCAAGCAGAAGAUAAAGCAUAUAACAAUUGAGCUAUCACAACAUGGUCAGAUCUCUGAAUCCAAUGUCUACAACUGGUUCCAGAAUAGAAGGGCACGAUCAAAGAAAAUGCAGAAGAUGGCUGCAUUGCCAAGUAAUUCUGAGUCUGAAAUUGAGACAGAUGAGGAUUCCCCUAAUGAAAAGAAACUUAGGCCCGAUAAGAAUGUGCCUGUGACAAUUAGAAGUGAUCCCAUCUACAAUAUGCAAAUAAGUGCAGAAGUCCAUCUGUUAGAUCAAACACAAGGCAUAUACCAGUUGAAUGGCAGUUCAAAGUCUUGCGGCAGUUUGGACCAAAUGUCCUAUGCAAAUGUUCUAUCAACCCCGAGAUUAGACCACUUGAUGGAUAAGUUUGAUAUCCCGAUGAGCUUUAGCCCUUUCCAUCCGGGAGAAAGUUAUGAUGGCAUUGGUUGACAUUGCAUCUGAGUUCGGUUGAUCAUCACUCGAGGAUGACACAAGCCACAUUUAGGGAACCACACAAGUUUAUCUGGGGAAAUAGGAUGGAUUGCUUUCGGGACAUCAUAUUUGUUAUUGGGAUUGACUAGAUCUCUCUUUGUCAUCCUUCAAACAGUUUUCUUGUUCUUUUUACAGCAAACAUUAAUAACAAUACGAUGUUCAUGUAUUUAUACAUUUUUAUCAUCUUUUUCUCC